AUGGCAACUUCUCGAGCUUUGUUCAUGGCUAUUUUUGUGUUUGCAAUAGCAUUUCAUUCCUCUGUGGUUAGCGCAAACUUCCGAAAAAGCAUGUAUUUCAAUUGGGGUGCUCAGCAUUCUUCGAUUUCAGGCAAUGGUGAUGACGCACAGCUUGUUUUGGACCAAACUUCAGGAUCUGGCAUCCAAUCAAAGAGGGCGUUCUUAUUUGGAAGCAUCGAAAUGCUAAUCAAGUUGGUACCAGGAAACUCUGCUGGAACUGUAACUGCAUAUUAUUUAUCUUCUACGGGAGCCAAACAUGAUGAGAUUGACUUUGAAUUCUUGGGCAACUCGACGGGAGAGCCUUACACUGUGCACACAAACAUCUUCACACAAGGUCAAGGUAACAGAGAACAGCAGUUCCAAUUAUGGUUUGACCCGACUGCCAGUUACCACAAUUACACCAUUCACUGGAACCCCACAGAAGUUGUAUGGUAUGUUGAUAGUAUUCCUAUCAGAGUCUUUAGAAACUAUCAAAGCGAAGGGAUUGGAUACCCAAACCAACAAGGUAUGCGAGUCUACUCCAGUUUGUGGAAUGCUGAUAACUGGGCUACAAGAGGUGGCCUAGUCAAAAUCGACUGGACGGCUGCACCUUUUGUGGCUAACUACCGAAGGUUCAGGGCUAGAGCCUGUAAAUGGAACGGGCCAGUUAGUAUUAUCCAGUGUGCCCUACCCACCCGACCCAACUGGUGGACAUCUCCUGUUUACAAGCAAUUGACAACGAGUCAACAAGGUCAGCUCAAAUGGGUUAGAGAUAACCACAUGAUCUACAACUAUUGCACGGAUGUCAAGCGUUUCAAGGGACAGAUGGCACCGGAAUGCUCUAAGCCACAGUACUAA